AUGAAAUCUUCAGCUGCUGAAGGGUCGGUGACCUCCGCACAGAUGGCCCUGGAGGAGCGGGCACGGAGCAGCUUGAUGCGCUUUCACCACCAACUGGAGCAGGACAUCAAGCCCCAGUUCCUUAUGGACCACAUGAUCAGUGAUGGUGUGAUGACAGUGGAUGAGGAGGAGAAGAUCAGGAUUCAGCCCACCAGAAAAGACCAGGCUGCAGCGCUCAUUAAGCUUGUGCUGGAGAAAGACAAUCGUUGCUUCAUUUCCUUCUACAAUGCGCUGGUUAAGGAAGCGUAUGACGAUCUGGCAAGACUGCUGCAAAAAGACCUACCAGACGUGUCGGUGGAUGGAAAUAAAAGCUCUUUUGACAGUUUAUCUUAUGUCCAGCGUGUGCUCAGUGAAGGUGGAGUCCCGCAGAGGCCUGUGGUGUUUGUCAGUAGACCAGAGUUGCUGAAUAAGGUCAGGGAGAAACUUUAUUUGCUCCAGAAAGAUGCAGGUGGCUGGGUGACAGUGUUUGGCAUGGCUGGGUCAGGCAAGUCCGUGCUUGCAGCUGAGGCCGUCAGAGACCAUGGACUCAUAGAAGAAUGUUUCCCAGGGGGGGUUCAUUGGCUUUCCAUUGGUCAGCUGGAGAAACCAGACCUGCUGGUGAAGAUCCAGUCACUGUGUUUUCGUCUGGAGCAGAGCCAGGAUUCCCAGUCGAAUAUUCGGCCGCCCACAUCUCUGGAUGAAGCUAAGGAGCGCCUGCGCUUCCUGAUGCUGCGCAGGUAUCCCAGAUCUCUACUUAUCCUUGAUGACAUCUGGGACAGCUCAGUGCUGAAAGUGUUUGACAUUCACUGUCGGAUUCUUCUGACCACCAGAAAUCGAAGCCUCGCUGACUCUGUUAGCGGUCCAAAAUAUGAGGUGGAAGUAGAAAGUGGUCUGGAUGAUAAGAAGGCACUGGAGAUCCUGGCCCUGUACACAAAUAUGAGCUCAAACACGUUACCCGAGGAGGCUCGCAGCAUUGUCAGAGAAUGUAAAGGCUCUCCUCUGGUGGUGUCUCUGAUCGGCGCUCUGCUCAAAGAGAAACCCGACCGUUGGCCUUACUACCUCCGCCAGCUGCAGCAGAAGCAGUUUAAGCGCAUAAAGAAGUCAACAUCGUAUGACUAUCAUGCUUUGGAUCAGGCCAUGGCUGCAAGCAUCGAGGUUUUACCAGAUGAGCAUCGGGAGCUCUACAAAGACCUGACUGUGCUAGAAAAGGAUGUCAAGAUUCCUGCAAAGGUGCUGAGUGUUUUAUGGGAUCUGGAGCCAGAGGAGGUGGAAGACAUUCUCCAAGAAUUUGUCAACAAAUCUCUGCUUUUUGUAGACAGAAACUCUAAACCCCAUCUGUACUACCUUCAUGACCUGCAGCUGGACUUCCUGGUGGAGCAUUACCGAAAUCAAAUAGAGAGUCUCCACAGCAAGGUGGUGCACCAGUACCAGCAUCACUACAGAGAGGCUCCUCCCAUGUCUGGAGAUGAGGAAUGUCUGUACUGGAUCCGGUUUCUGACCUAUCACAUGGCUAAAGCCAAUUUGUCUCAGGAGCUCUACUCACUCAUGUUCUCGCUGGACUGGGUCUGCAUCAAGGCCAAGAUAAUGGGACCAGCCCAUCUCAUCAAUGACUACGUGGAAUACGGACCCAUUCUGGACCAAGAGAACAGUGAAGUGCGGAGCCAGUUUCAGGAGUUUCUGUCUCUUAGCGGCCACCGCCUGGAGCAGCGUCCUUUCCCUGACGUGGUGCAGCUCGCUUUGUCUCAGCCACACUCCUCAGAGGUCUACAAACAAGCCCGGCAGCAGGCUCUGAACCGGGCUAAGAGUGGGAAGCUCUACUUUGAAUUAAUAAAUAAGAGCAGUGUGGAGAAUUUGUCCCGUUUGGUAAUUCACCCUCACCUGGGCUCCAUCUACUCCGCCUGCUUUUCUCACGACGGGACCAAAAUCGCUUCUUGUGGAGCAAGCAAGACGCUGAAGGUAUUUAAAAGCACCUCUGGUGAGAAACUCUCAGAGAUCCAGGCCCAUGAUGAAGAAGUCCUCUGCUGCGCCUUCUCCCCCGAUGACCGUCUUCUAGCAACCUGCUCAAGCGACAGGAAAGUCAAGUUGUGGAACAUACAGCAAGGCAAGCUACUGAGGGUCUUUGAAGAGCAUGAGGAGCAGGUCAACCACUGUGAAUUUACCAACACAACACGGCGCCUCCUACUGGCCACAUGCUCAAACGACAGCUUGUUAAAGAUUUGGAAUCUGAACAAGCCGUCCUCGCAGAACACACUGUUUGGUCACUCUGAGCCAGUGAACCACUGCUGUUUCUCCCCAGAUGAUAGUUAUCUGUCCACUUCGUCCAAUGACGGCACCGUUAAGUUGUUCCAGGUUUCAUCAGCCAAUGAAUGGAAGACGAUCGACGUGAAGAGCUUCUUUUCAGAAAGCGAAAAUGAGGAAGUGCUUGUCAAAUGCAGCACCUGGACCGGCGACGGGACACGCAUCAUAUGUGCCGCCAGAAAUGCAGUUUUGGUGUUUGAUGUCCAGACGUCAGACAUGUUGCUGGAGAUCAGGACUAAUCGUUUGAGCACGGUCCAAUACUGUCAUGCUUGUCCUACCAGUAACCUGCUGGCACUAGCAUUCUCUAAUUAUGCUGUGGAGCUGUGGGAUCUGGAAGAAAACAAAAAGAUGGCCGACUGCAGCGGCCACCUGAGCUGGGUCCAACGGGUUCAGUUCUCUAGUGACGGCUCACAGCUGCUCUCCUGCUCCGACGACCAGACAGUCAGGUUAUGGGAGACCAAGAAGGUCCACACGUCUUCAGCCAUCUGCCUGAAGAGAGAUUCAGACGUUAUUUUUCAUGAUGAGGAAAUUAUCGUAUCGGCUGCAGACAACUGCAACAGACUGCAGGUGCGGGACGGCAGAACAGGAUCUGUUCUUUUCCAGUCGGAAGAGUUGCCAUCUAGGAUCCGAUGUACGUGUUUGUGCAGGAAUCCAUCCGCGGUGUUGCUUGGACAAGAGAAUGGAGAAUUGCAGGUGUCAGGGCUGACAGCUAGACAGGUGCUGAGGACAGUUGGCUGCAGGAUCCGUCGACUGCUGACCUCCUACAGGGAGGUGUUGCUGGCUGUAGCUCAGUGCACAGGCAGGGUGCAGGUGUUGGAGCUUCCCUCUGGGAAGCUUUUAGCCACUCUGCUGGGACACACUAAGACGGUGCUUCACUGCCAGUUCUGCCACGGCGGACAAACACUCAUCACCUCAUCCGAGGACGCCACCAUAAGGGUGUGGAGGUGGAAAUCAGGCGAGUGUAAAGUGCUUCAGGGUCACAAGGAGCAGGUCCGAUGUUUCUCUUUGCUCUCUGACUCAACAAAUGAAUCAAAGCUCCUCUCCUGGUCCUUUGAUGGAACUGUGAAGGUGUGGGACAUUGAGAGCGGGGAGAAACUGCAGGACAUGGAGGCUCAUCAGGGAGCUAUUCUGUCCUGUCACAUUUCGCCAGACGGAUGUCUCUUUGCAACCACCUCUGCUGACAAAACCACUAAGUUGUGGAGCUGCGAGUCCUGGCAGUGCGUCUUCACCCUGAGAGGUCAUCAUGAGUGUGUCCGAAGCUGCCGCUUCUCUUGGGAUAGCAAACGCCUUGCUACAGGAGACGACAACGGAGAGAUCCGGAUCUGGAAUGUCAAAGAUGGCUCUCUACUGAAGGUCUGUGCCCAGGAAAGUAAAGACGGCACGGAUUCUCUCCAUGGCGGUUGGGUGACUGAUCUGCACUUCUCCCCGAACAACUCUGUGCUCGUUUCGACUGGUGGCUACAUCAAGUGGUGGAACGUGGCGAGAGGGGAAGCCCUGCAGACUUUCUAUCCAUCAGGAAGUGCUCUGAAGAAAAUCCACGUGUCUCCUGACUUCUCCACCUUCGUCACCAUCGACAACAUCGGCAUCCUCUACAUCCUUAAGAGGGUGGCAUAAGGACACUACAACCAGAAUAAAUAAAUAAAUAAAAAACAUUUACUACUAUCCAUUAAAAUACUGUGUAGCAGCAACAGAGGGUUUGUUUCACCCUUUUCAUUCAGUCAGCCACUAGCCGUUUACAAUCAAAAAAUACUUGACAAACUAUUGCAUUAAACACAAGCACUUAAAGUAGCUCUUUGGAGCUACAUGACUCUCCUGUUGUGAUUGGAGAUGCACUUAUCUGCAAUUUGUGUCCGUUUCCCAACUCUGGUUAUUUUUUUUCCACUGAGUCAGUUUUCCUUCUACAUAUUUUUACUUGCAAUCAAUAAUUAUUUAUAUUAGAAGUAGAAGGCUACUGAGUUAAAAUAAAAUGAUGUUUCUUUUACAUCUUAUCCCAGCGAUUGGCAUGAUAAGCAUUGCUAAAU